AAGUCACAUGACUCACAGGAACAGAGCUGCAGGUUAACACCCAGAGAUAAAACUCUGCUGCAGACUGAAGUACAACCACAGAGGCUUCUCUUCAACCAUCAUUUAGACACAGCAGGACUUCCAGAAACGAGCUUGAUCUCUCUGCUGCAGUUUUCUGCUCUCUGGUGCGAGAAUCAGGAAGACACCGAGACCUCCAUCAUGGCCACCGCCGACCAGCUGCUGGAGCUGAUGUUCUCCUGGAUCGAGCAGAGGGAGAACUGUGCCAAGCAGCUGAAGAAACUGGCCCAGGAGCUGGAGUCACUCAGGGAGAAAUGCAACGCCAGUGAAUGUGUUGGCAACACAGUGGCAGUGGUAGGAUCUGCAUGUCUGAUUGGGGCCGGCGUGGCCACUUUUUUGACCGCUGGAGCAGCUGCUCCAUUUUUAGGUUUGUUAGGAGCAGCGUAUUCAGGUGUAGGCUUCGCUGUAUCUGUGGGGACUAAAAUCACUGAGCACUUCUUAUCCAGCAACACCAUGAAAGAGGCGCAGAACAUAGACAAGAAGAGCAACGAAAUUACAAAUAAAAUACAAAAACUGUUUGAGCAACUGAAGGCGGAGUGGGAGGAGGCGAGUUCCUCCGCUGACCCAGAUGAUCUGGACCGACACAUCAUGACUGAAAUCCUGAAAGCCAUGGCCAGACAUAGUGGACUGGAUCAGAAGAUCAACUUCCGCAAGCUUGGUGAUGAGCCAAAGUUUUUCUUCGAUAGAAGAUGCAUCAUCCGGGUCUUGGUCAAUACAGUGAUGGUUGGAGUUUUGGGAAUUUUAGCAUUUUUCACAUUUAAACUUAGUGGGAAAAAAUCUAAAUGUUUGUUUGCUAAAGGAUCACAAAAACUCAUCAAACUAAUGUCUACAACUGCAUUUAAAACAGCCCUUAAAGGAGGAGCCACGGUUGUGGGAGGAGCUGUUGGAAUGGCGUUUGCACUUUCUGAGGCGAUUGACAGCUGGAAAGAGCAGAUCAAGAAGAACCAUGUGACUGAAGCGAGCCAAUCACUGAGAGAUACAGCUGACGCUAUUCUAAAGAUGACCCAGACACUGAGGGGACAGUUUGACAACAUUAAGAAGAUGUUAGUUGACAUCGCUAAGCGUCAACAAGAAGAAGAAGAAAAGCUCUCCAGAGAUAAAAACAAGACUCAAGACUGUACAUUUCAUUUCUCUCCUCUCAUUCAGAUCAACAUGAAGAUGUCUAUCUUUGCUGGUGUUCUGCUGCUCUCUGCUGCUCUGCUCUCUGCUGACGUGCUCUCUGUGCACGGAGGUAACAAAGUGAAGCACGAUGUUAAAUGGUUUACAAACCAGCACAUCGCUGAGGAGAUGAAGGGAAAGGAGAUAAACUAUGACUGUACCAACAUGAUUAAAGGCAGAGGAAUCAUGAAGGACGACGGCCGCUGUAAGUGGUCCAACACCUUCAUCAUAGCGCCUUUAGAAGCCUUAAAAGCCAUCUGUAACACAACAGAACCAGUGAAACCUAAUAGUAAUAUCCAUCAAAGCACAAUGCCCUUUGACCUUUAUGACUGCUUACAGACGAUGGAGUCUGCUCAAAAUAAAGACAAAUUUCCCAACUGUGUGUACAAGAAAGGUGAAUUUAAGAAGCAAAAGAGAAUUGAAAUUGGAUGUGAUAAAAAAGGCAAUCCUAUACACUUACAAGGGUUUCUAGGGUAAUCUAUUACUAACUGAUGAAUCAGAGUAAUGUGUUACUACCUGAUGAAUCAGAGUAAUCUAUUACUACCUGAUGAAUCAUAUAGUAA